AUGUUCUCCAAACAUGGAAGCGAGCACUCAGCGUGGUACCAGCUCCUGGCCGCAGAGAAGGAGAGGAAGCGAAAUUUGGAAAAAAUAAGCGGCAUAACCUUCUGCGGUUGUGGCUUCCUCGGCAUCUACCUCGUCGGCGCCGCUGCUUAUAUUGAGGAACAUUACCCUCGUUUACUCAGUCGCCAGCUUGGAGGCUCUUCCUUCGGGUCUAUUGUCGCGGCCUGUGUGGCGUGUGCCGUGCCGUUGCAGCACAUCCGACGCAUCCUGAUCUCGGAAGUAAAGAGAGUAAGGAAGACGUUCCUGGGACCUCUCAACCCGAACUACCGGUUGGAGGAGCCUCUUAUGAACGCCCUUCUGGAGGUUCUGCCGGCUGACGCGCACAUGCGGGCCUCUGGUCGCGUCUUCCUCUCCCUCACCAGCGUGUCGACCUUUGCCAGCGAGGUGGUGAGCCGAUAUUCUUCGAGGGACGAGCUGAUACGCGCUAUUCUUUGUUGUUGCUUCCUGCCUUAUAUCUCCGGUUUCUCUGCUCCGAGCUUCAAGGGACGAAGGUACAUGGACGGAGGUUUCAGUAACAUCAAGCCCCUCGAAGGACCCUCCGUCAUCACCAUCAACGCCUUCUCGGGGAACUUCGACAUCUGUCCUCAAGAUUCCGUCGGCGAACACCGGCCUCUGAACCCCUUCCUUGGCCUCUGCGUCGCCAUGAGCCAAGAGAACCUCUUCAGACUCAAAUGGGGGCUCCUGCCUCCGGAACCCGAAGUGCUCGACCAGUACUUUCACUUCGGGUACUUCCACGCCAGGAACUUUUUGAGCCCGGGCGGUCCCAAGAUCCCAAGACUGGUGGAGUGCAAGGUGGAGGAGAGCGAGGAGAGCAAAGCGGACUGCCUCGUGCAUGACGUAGGGGACGCCAAAGGAACUACAAAAACGCCUUCGAUCUUCGUCAGGAACAGCGCAGUUCUCAGCAUCUUCUACGGCGAAGGAUUCCCCUCUAGGACGUUUACAGAUGGAGAUACAGCAUUCGAGGUCCAUCUUCAGUUGGGAAACAAAACCUUCAUUUUGGCUUUUGGCGAAUUCAGAUUACAGGUGUCACAGCAGGGACAAGAAAUGCGGGACUUUGGCGACGCCGCCUUCCCUCUGGAUUUGCGUCGGGGUACAUGGCAGAUGAUCGGCGUGGGCGCGGCGGGCGGCUGGCUGACCGUCAUGGACCCGCUCUCGCCUGACCUGGUUUUCCAGCGACAUCUCGGCGACGCGGGGGGCGGGGCGACGAGGCUGCACGUCGUCAGCCAAAUGCAGCUAGCGGUCAUCUUCAACUGUGAAGCGGGUUGCCCCGUGCUCACAAGCCCCUCGUUAACAGCGCAGCAUCUUCAGGUAGCGUCCAGCCGCGCGCUCUAUGUGUUCCCGCUUACCAAUCGUUACACAGUUUCACUUGAGGUGGAGGUGGCGGGAGCGGGAGGCGGAGGAGAGGAGGCGGAGAGGCUGCGGCUGGAGGUGCACCCGGGGGGCAUGGCUCGCCUCAGAGAGUGGAACAAGGUGCAGGUCCUCCUUGAGCCAGGGAACCACGAGAACCUGGUGAUUUUGGAGAUAAACGGAGAAGUGACCUCGAGCGACGCUGUUCGUGGCAGUCUGGAAAACGUUCACGUGACACUGACGGAAAUCAGCGAUGCUAAGUUUGCUGCGCGUUGUAGACCCGCCAGUCCCCGGAAAGAAAUGGCCGGUACCAUCCCUUUCUCCUCCUGCUCAUGGAACCUCGUGCUUGGGUUGAUAGCAGUGUCCGCCCUACUCUCUUUCCUCUUGUUCAUCACCUGCUGCCUCCUCUGCUGGACCAAGUGCAAAAGCAGAGCUAACAAUGACAAAGACAUUGCAAAACGUAUGAUAAGAAGGACACAUCCAUUGCGUGAAGAACGCAAAGUCACGUCUUACCAUCACUACGAAGAAGUAGAGAGGGUCGUUGCCGAGGCCGUGUUCCGAUCCAGUCCUCUGUGUUCCGUCCCCGAAGAGAGCGCGUCCGAACCCCCUGACGUGGACUUGGCCGUGGGUGGAGAACAGCUGUACCAGAACAUACCCGGGUCUUACAAGGUGUAGAGGGAACGCGUCACAAGAGUCGUUUUAUUUUCAUCAGGUUGAAGAAUGUUACUGCUGGUUUUGAUUAUUUUGAGGGUUUAUGACUCGACAGUAAGAUAAUGAUUUCCGCUAUUAACGAUUCUGAUAGCACCAACAUUACUACUGCUACUAAUACUACCACUGCUAUUACUACUACUCUAUCUACGCUACUACUAUUACUACUGGGAGUGGUAGUAGUAAUAGCUACUAUUUCUAACUGCUACUACACCACCAUUAC